UAGGAGCCAACGAGGCACUCAGCACAUUAUUCAACAUUAUGAGGUCGGAAUUUUUAAUCAUUUUUCUGUCGACAUUGGUUUUGAAGGAAGUAUCUUCUUCUCAUCCGAAUAAUGAAUGCACCCCGGUCCUCAAGGACAACUAUAAACUAGGAGUCGAAGUAAAAUCCAUGAAUGCAACUAUAAAUAAAUUACUGAUUGAAAAAAGACUUGGUGAUGUUCAAAUUGAAAUAAAAGAUAUUAAUAUAAAUAAACAAAGUGCAACAAUUUUGGAACAAAAUAAAACAAUAGAGAAGCAUAAAGAAAGGCUCAAGGACAUAACAAAUAUAAUUCAAUUUUGGGAUAGUCAAAUCAAACAAAAAGAUAAAGAAAUCGAGGAUCAAAAGGUUCUAUUUCAAAAUAUAAUUGACAAAGUCACAGACUUGCAGAGUCAACUGGACACGGCUAAAGGUGAAAUCGAAAGGAAUGAAGAAUCAUUAGAUUCAAAGAAUAUAGAAAUCUUGGACAAAACGGAAAAUAUUGAAGUGCUACAAAAGGAGAUUGAUGAUUUAAGAAAUUCCAAAAAUGAAGAAAUCGAAAAAAAAAAUGAAAAUAUUCAAGUGCUGCUACAAAUCAAGCAAAACCAAACAGAAUUGCUCCAAGAUAAAGAUUACCAAAUAGGUAAGAUGACAAAAACCAUUGAAGACCUGAAUGAAAACCUUGGUAUUGCUAAUGGUAAAAUAAAAAAUCUCACUGAAAAAGGUGAAACACUAACAAAAAGCCUUGAAAACUUAAAAAAGAAUAAAGAAAUUGUAGAUUCAAAAUAUAAAGAACUGGUGAAUCACUCAGAACGUUCUGAUAAGACAAUCAAAGCUAAGGAUGCCCAAAUCAGUGAACUAAAUAAAAAUCUGGGGGUCAGGGAAGGCAUUAUAACAAAAAAUAUUACAGAUAUGCAAAGCAGCCUAGAUUCGGCGAAUAAUAAUAUCAAGAAGAAGGUCGAUUUAAUAAAUGCACAAAAUAAUGAAAUAAUACAAAUCAAGCGAAACCAAACAGAAUUGCUCCAAGAAAAAGAUUACCAAAUAGGUAAGAUGACAAAAACCAUUGAAGACUUGAAUGAUAACAUUGAUAUAAAAAAUGAAGAGAACAAAAAUCUCACUCAAGAAGUAAAAACUUUAACAGAAGACCUUGUAGACUUGUGGAGUAUGUUGCAAACUGCUAAAUAUGAUCUAGAAUCAAAAGACAAGCAAAUUGCUGACCUCGAAAAACGGGAAAGUUCUGCUUGGGGACAAAUGGUUGCAGUAACCAAUGAACUACGGGAGUGCAACAGGGCAGAAACUUGUCCCAGAUGGGGUCUUUAUGGCACCCACAAACUCAAGUUGCGCGGCAUUGACACAUUUGAAGUCCCCUGCAAUGCAAGUGGAUGGAUGACCAUUCAACGACGAUAUGACGGCUCCGUGAACUUUAAUCGAAACUGGACGGACUAUAAGUAUGGAUUCGGACCUAUAGCGGGUGAAUUUUUCAUCGGGCUGGAGAAACUUCACGUUCUGACUGCUGCCCAACGAUAUGAACUCUCUGUUAAACUUGGCAAUACAACUACUGGACGCAUCGGUUACGCACAUUACGAACAUUUCCAGAUUGGCAGCGAAAAAGAACUCUACGAGCUAAAAUCGCUGGGGAAGUUCUCUGGUUCAGUCGAAGACAGGCUGCGAGACAGUGUGAAACAAAAGUUCAGCACAUAUGACCAGUUUAAUAGCCGCUAUAUUAAAAAUUGUGCUUCCGAUGGAAAUGGUGGUUGGUGGUACGAUGACUGUUGCGAAUGUUCGCUCAAUGGAAAAUACCAUAAGGAUGGUUAUGUUGAAAUUAUGAUCAGGACUGUUUAAAUUUAUAUCUUUAUCAUAAUUCCUAUAUAGGAAAUAUAUGGAAUAAUCUUUCAAAUCUGGACAUAUGGGAAAACGCUUCGGUGUCUUAUCUUAUCGAAUCCUACGUAUAUUUUUCAAUAUUAUUCUGUAUUUAUUUUCUUUUUUUUAA